AUGACAGAUGAAUCAUUAAUAUUCCAAGAAUUGAGGCCACUGUGUGUAGAACUUUCUCGCAUCGCCUUUCAACCACAAAAAGUUUUCAAUCCAAAUUCUACAGCACUAUUGAAUGCGCUUUCAAGACUAGACACUAAAUUGGCGCUGUAUCAAAAUGAGGUCUUCUCCCAAAGUUUGGCUGAUUACUUGUUUGUACCAAUUGCGAGCUUGUUGAAGCAAGAAAGGCUCGGUGACCAGCAUACUGAGUUAGUACUGCUUAUACUUUCACACAUGCUUCGAUUAUCUUGGCGAGAAAUAGGUACGUUUCCUAAAGAGCUAUCUCAGCAGUUAUUGACAUUGAUAAACUUUUUGAUUGCUCCGAAUGCUAAAAUUAUGACCUUAAAUAAACGAUCGACUAGCUACAGAAGUUCGAGUGCUGCAGUCCUGCUUGAAUAUUUUAGAUCUCUGAAAAACCAGGUUUAUGUUCACGAAUUCUUCUCUUCUGUUAACUCGUAUAAUCUUUCAGGUCUAGGCCAUGGCAUUACCAUUUUGUUGGAAAUACUCGAAAGCUCCAUACCUGACCCGCAAGUACAGCUCUCGGCGUUGGAAACACUAUUUUUACUGUAUCAAGGUAUUCUUAAAGAUGGCGAAAUUCUGUCUUUCGUUUUGCCAGGAAAUGUAUCUACUUUCUCCAAGCUACUGUCGAAACCUGGCUUAACUGUGAACUAUAAAGUAGUAAUAAGAACUUUGGAGAUUUUUGGGACUCUGUUAGCGCUUGUUUACGAUGAUUUUUCACUGAUGGUCCAUGAUAAUCGUCCUACAAAUAUACAGGGCAUUGUAAACAAACAAGUACACAAUCAAGAUCAAGACUCUGCUAAAAGUAACAUGAUUACAAUUGAUAAAGCAACAGAUUUUAAGCGCCAUAGAGAUUCAAGUUGGCUACGAGCCACAUCGGGCCAGAUUAAAAUUGCAUUAAAAAGCUUUGUUCACAAAAUGACCAAGAGGAAUAAUCGAAAUAUCAUGACUGCUUUAGCGGAUUUUCUAUCACAUCUGCUAAUGCGAUGUUCAAUUUCAUUAUCGAAUUGCGAGCACCUGGUGCUAUCAGCAUUGAUUGAGCUGCGAAUGGAUCCGAAAUAUCAGUUGCCGAAGCAUCACAAAUGUCUUGUUGACAUCAUAAGAGAGAAAAUUUCGCGAAUUAAUCAUAUAAUACAAUUUGAAGAUGUGAAUGGAUUCAAAUCGCUUUUAUUCGCAAUCAAAGUUUUAAAUCAGUGUUCUUUUAAGUACGAAGACCUCAUGAUACCUGACCUGAGUAUGCAAGUUACCGAAAUAAUAGAACAAAGUAGCGCUAUGAACGGACACCAUAAAAUAUUGGAGCAAAGUAGCAAUGUGUUUAUGAGUGAGGCAUUCGAUAAAAGUUUAGUAAAGUCUGCAAAUACGCCUUCACCUAUCUUUUCGUGCUUUUCAAAUGAAAUAGAAGAGUAUCUGGGUGAUCUUCUAAUUGUUCUCGGAAGUAUUUCCGCUGACAGAAAUCGAUUGUCAGAAUUAAUUGAGACAAUUCUUACUGAAGACGCGACAGUGUCACUGUACCGUAAGACUGCCAGCCUAUGGCUGUCAACUUGGUUGUUAAAAGGAAUGAAAGAAGAUGCUGAGACGAGUGCCCAAGAACUGCUUGUUUUCAAAGAAGUGCAAGAGAGAGAUGUCACAGGGUGUUAUAGCAUUUUGGAAUAUUGUGACAGUCUGGCGCAAGAAGUCGUUCUUGCAUCUGAAGGGAAGGCAUUGAAUAGGGAAACGGAGACCGCGCUGCGUACUAUUCUGUUUUCAAUUGAAGCUGUUUCCGGUAUAUUGAAAAAGGAUUUCGAAUGUGAACUCAUUGAUCAUAUUUACACGGUGAUCGAAAAUUUGGCCUCAAGUUCUCCAACCAUUCGCCAAUCUGCACAAUCAUCUGCCCUGUCUAUUGCACAAAAUAUAUAUGGGGGGUCAGUGAGAGAGAUGGUUCUGGAUAAUAUAGACUAUUUGACUGAAUCUGUCUCUGUGCGUCUCAACUCCGGAUUGACUGAGCGUGUGAGUACAGUUCUAGGCGUUAUUUGCAAAAUUGCAGGAUAUCAAAUUAUUGAAAGUUUUAAAGAUAUAUUUGAAUCAAUUUUUAAACUGAUAGAUCAUUACCAUGGGUAUGAUGAGAUGUGCCUGCAAUUUUUUCAACUAUUUGAGGUGAUCGUGCUGGAGAUGAAAAAAAGAUACUACUCUCAAAAUGAUGCGCAGUUUAAGGUUACUAGUGACAGCACAAUGAGGGGCAGCUAUGAACCUUGGGGAAUGACGAGUCUUCAAGAUUUGAUGUCUCUUCUUGAUGAGGAAAACAUAGGGAAAGCGGAGCCCGAGAAUACGGCCUUAUUUGAUGACGAUAACACUCCUAAAAAUUUUGAGGAAUUAUUCAACUCAAAGGUCAGAGAAAUUGACAGUGACGAUGAGGACCAAGAGGAAGAAGAUGACGCAAACGGGAAUGCACAGCAGAGUUUUGGUGGUAACGAGAAGAUUGAGUGGAUAAGUCCUAUACCGUUAGCUUCGUACCGGAUUUUGUUGCAAAUCUUCAACUAUGGUGAUAGACUAUUGACGCACAGAUCCAGGCAGUUAAGAAUUCAGAUUUUAAUAACUCUUAAACUAAUAGUUCCGAUGCUCGCAACACAAUACGACUCCUUGCUUCCCCAGAUUGCACAAUCCUGGGAUGUUAUGGUUGCAUGCUCGAUAGACCACGACCUCGCAGUUGUUAAGUAUUCAUGCGACUGUCUUCAGGAAAUGACUCGUUGCUCUCAAGAUUUUAUCACCAAGCGGUUUCUUGACCUCUGGGGCAGAUGGCAAGAGAAAUCUGCACUUCUGAAAGAACUUCACCCAGGGCGCUGGUCUAGCAUUCAAAAUAAUUCUAACAAAUCACUGACACUUUAUAAGACGAAGUUCCCCCCAGUAGCAUAUAAAGCUCUCCUCUCCAUGUGCAACGUCUUACUGGAAGGAAUUUCCGUGGCCGGUUUAAUGCUCACCGAUUCCACAUUAAAAGAAAUGAUCUACGGUUGCCUACAGGUCUUACCGGCCAAAACUGUUAGUAACCAAUCCUUCGUUGCGGCCGAUGUAGUCUACGCUAUAACUCACGAUCUCGUCUGA